AUCUAAAAUGUCAAACCUCAAGAAGACCCCAUAAUGAUGUGAGCUAGACCAUUUUCUCGAAAAUGGCAACACAAAAGCCUGGAGAAUGGGCUAAUACUUUGAUUGUUAGGUUUGAGGAACAGUUACCCUGUCGAAUUGGUCCUCAAACAACCCAUUCUAGUAUUAAUGAAGAACAAAAUAAGAACUGCAUAAUACAAAUAUCAAGAUACCGAUUUGCACUUGUCUUGGAUGGAUUUGUAAAAGUUCUGAAAAGAAUUCAUGAACUGUACCAAACUGGCACUUGUAGUGCCUCCAAACACGGUCCCGAAUUAGAGAAAAAUUAUUUUGAUAGUUUAAUAAUUGUAUUGGAAACUUUGGAAAAGUGUUUCAGUAUUCAACCAAAAGACUCAAUUACUUUAACCAUGGAAGAAAACAACAAUUUAAAAUGUUUAUUGAAGGAAAUAUGUACUUUUUUAGUUGCUAAAGAUAUGCCUAGUGAUAAUCCAAAUGUACAUGCAAUAAAACAGUUGGCAAGUAAGGUGUUAUUUGCUCUGAGUGUAAAUUUUUUUAACGCAGUAUUUAACCGCAUAUCCUCAAAACUACAGGAGCUAGCUUCAUGUCCAGAUGAAAACCCUGAUUUUAGUGAUAUAGAACUAAUACAAUACAUUAAUGUGGACGUAAGCAGGUUAAGUCGGCUUUUCGUGGAAGCUAUAUCAAAAUUCCGUCUGCUGAAAAAGACUGCACAUCUUAUGCUGGUAACUUCAUUGGAAAAGGCUAUAUGGAAUUGGAUGGAUACCUAUCCAUACGAGUUUGCUGAAUUACAAAAAAAUCCCAAUGAAGAUAUGGCUAAAUGUGCUGAACAACUUUUUGAUAUAUUGGAUGCUUUUGGAGAUAAUAAAAAAGGAAGGUCUGCAGUUUGGUCUCUUCAAAUAAUGUUAUUAAUACUUGCUCCAAAAGUUCUGGAAGAAAUAGUAAAUGCUGAUAGUGGAGCUCCUUGUUCACCACGUCAUAGUAAAAAGAAAAUGUUCAUUGACAAUAUUAAAAAAUGUAUAAGUCCCCAUGGUAAUAGUAAACAGCUAACCGAAGCUGCAGCAGUGACAUGUGUGAAACUUUGUAAAGCCUCAACGUACAUUAAAGUAUUGGAUCCUAACAAUGUUACAUUCGUAUUAGUACAAAGUAUUUUAAAUGACUUGAAGACCCUACUAUUUAAUCCACAGAAACCCUUUUCAAGGGGACAAAACUACCUAUAUCAAGAUAUGGAUUUAAUGAUUGACUGUUUUGUAUCGAUAUUCAGGAUAAAACCUCACAAUAAUGAAGCCUUGAAAGUUUGUUUAAGUCUAACAUCACCUCCAACAUUUCAUUUUGUGUUGGUAAGAUCGCUGUACAAGAUUGUUACUCAACCGAGAUUAUUUUGGUGGCCUCAGAUCGAUAUUGUGUACAGCAAAGCUUCAGAAUUAAGAGCAAUGUUUACAGAUACACUUAACAAAGUUUCUCAAGGAUACAUAGCACACACUCCACUUAGAAUGAUACAAAUUACUUUAAAAGGUAAAGAUUGUCCAGGAAAGUUUAAAGACAGGGCAGAAGAGGUGCAUUUACUUCUCUACAUGGUGAGGUUAGUCCAUGCAGAUCCAAUGUUGAUGUUAAACAACCAAGGAAAAGCCGGCCACGAAAUUCAAAGCUCUACUCUCGAACUUAUAAAUGGCUUAGUUUCUUUAGUCCACCAACCAACAAUGCCAGAGGUAGCUCAAGAGGCCAUGGAAGCAUUACUAGUGCUCCACCAUCCAGAGAAGAUUGAAGUAUGGAAUCCAGAAGCACCAAUUAACACAUUUUGGGAUGUCAGCUCCCAAGUAAUGUUUUCUAUUUCCCAGAAAUUAAUUCAACACCAAAUUAUGAACUAUACUGAUAUUCUGAAGUGGCUAAGAGAAGUGUUGAUAUGUAGAAAUGCGUUUUUAGCUAAACAUAAGGAUUACGCGAACCUGGGAAGCUCAAUUGCUAUUUGUAAACAGGCUCACAUCAAACUAGAGGUGGUAUUUUUCAUGUACUUAUGGAGCACUGAUAUGGAUGCAGUUCUUGUGUCAAUGAGCUGUUUCGCCUUGCUUUGUCAAGAAGCAGAAAUACGAUGUGGCUCAGAUGAGGUUACCGUAACAUACUUAGUACCAAAUUAUCACGUCUACCAGGAAUUGGCACAGGCGUCUACAGUGUUAAUUACAGGACGAGCAGCGCUGCAAAAGCGCAUAAUGGCGUUGCUGAGGAAAAUAGAGCAUUGCGUGAACGGCGUUCAGCCCGCUUGGGAAGAGACAUUUAUGAACUGGAAUGGAAUGUGUAAAAACUUAUCUUCCAAAGCGAGGUCAGAAGAGGGUCAGAUGGAACCGUUUCACAGAUCUGUGGGCAAAAGAAGAGCAUCACAUCAAAAUUCUGAACAUGAACUGGAGGAUCAAAUAAACGAAUGGGCAAACAUGACUGGGUUCCUAUGCGCUCUUGGGGGAGUGUGCUUACAGAGGAAGUCGCCCUGUAGACCUCCAUUAUCAACUAGCUCACAUUCUGGUUUAUCAUCGAUGAGUUCCAUUGGAAGUAGUAAUCUUGGUUCAGAACCAAUUUCCGGCACCAGGAAGUCGAAUACACUACAAAGUCAGCAAACGCCACAAGAUCAGAGGCAGUAUUGUCCUGUGACUUCAUUUGUGGACCUGUUGUUACGCCUGUUGGUGUGCAGUAACGAAAAAUUCGGUGCUCAAAUACAAAAGCAUGUAAAAGAACUGAUAGGGCACGAAAUGUCUUCGGCCUUAUAUCCAAUAUUAUUCGAACAAACAAAAUCCAUAGUAGAUAAGUUUUUUGACCAACAAGGACAGGUUGUAGUCAACGAAGUAAAUACGCAGUUUAUUGAGCACAUAGUCUUCAUUAUGAAGAAUAUUUUAGACUGUACAAAAAACGAUCAACCAUCUGAACAUUUAGGAGUGACCAGUAUAGAAGGGAUGAUGUUGGCAGUAGUUAGAUACGUCAGGCAUCUAGAUAUGACAGUCCAUGCAAUACAUAUGAAGACGAAAUUGUGCCAACUAGUAGAGACUAUGAUGAACAGAAGAGACGACUUAGCCUUUCGCCAAGAAAUGAAAUUUAGAAACAAACUAGUUGAAUACCUUUCAGAUUGGAUCAUGGGCAAUUCCCAUCAAAUCGCUCCUCCUGGUUCCGGUGAUGUUACAACAAUUACCAGAGAAUUAGAUCAAGCUUGUAUGGAAGCUGUCGCUGCAUUACUUCGAGGCCUUCCAUUACAACCCGAGGAGUCUGAUAGGGGCGACUUAAUGGAGGCAAAAAGCCAGUUAUUUCUAAAGUACUUUACACUUUUCAUCAAUUUAUUGGGCGACUGCACCGAGCCACAGGAAGUGGACAAAGAUCUUGGCAAACAGAAGGUGUUCAGUGGAAAACAUAAUACCUUGAGAAACGCUACCAUACAAGCUAUGUCCAAUUUGUUGUCAGCUAACAUUGAUAGUGGACUUAUGCAUUCUAUAUAUCUUGGUUACAAUAAAGACUUACAAACGAGGGCAGCUUUCAUGGAGGUUUUAACGAAAAUAUUGCAGCAAGGUACAGAAUUCGACACCCUGGCAGAAACAGUGCUAGCCGAUCGUUUUGAACAGUUAGUCCAGUUAGUAACAAUGAUCAGCGAUAAAGGAGAGUUGCCCAUUGCAGUAGCUCUUGCUAAUGUUGUGACCACUUCACAAAUGGACGAACUAGCUAGAGUAUUUGUAACACUAUUUGACGCCAAACACCUUCUGGCUCCGUUGCUGUGGAAUAUGUUUUAUAGAGAAGUUGAGGUGUCGGAUUGUAUGCAAACUUUGUUUAGGGGAAACAGUCUCGGAAGUAAGAUAAUGGCGUUUUGUUUUAAAAUCUACGGGGCAAGCUAUCUACAGAGCCUUCUUGAACCUUUUAUCGGUCCUUUAUUGGACGAUCCUUGUUGUAGUUUUGAAGUUGAUCCAGCUAGAUUAGAACCAAAUGAAGACAUAGAAGAAAACCGCCAGAACCUAAUAGCUUUGACACAAAGAGUUUUCAAUGCGAUUGUUAAUUCAAUUGAUAAAUUUCCACCACAGUUGAGGUCAAUGUGUCACUGUCUCUAUCAAGUUUUGAGUAAAAGGUUCCCUCUAGUUCCUCAGAACAAUAUAGGAGCUGUGGGAACAGUGAUAUUUUUACGCUUUAUUAAUCCUGCCAUAGUUUCUCCACAGGAGAUGGGUAUUGUAUGUAAGCAAGUACCAAAUUCUGUGAAAAGAGGGCUUAUGUUGAUGUCUAAAAUCUUGCAAAACAUUGCAAAUCACGUCGAAUUCAGUAAAGAGCAACAUAUGCUUCCAUUCAACGAUUUUUUACGAGCGCAUUUUGAAAUUGGACGACGAUUUUUUGUCCAGAUUGCAUUAGACUGCGAAACCGUCGACCAAACCUCACAUUCCAUGUCAUUUAUUUCUGAUGCCAAUGUCUUAGCGCUUCAUCGGCUACUAUGGAACCACCAAGAAAAGAUUGGAGAUUAUCUAUCAAGCAGUAGAGAUCACAAGGCAGUCGGAAGGAGGCCUUUUGACAAAAUGGCAACACUGUUAGCUUAUUUAGGACCACCGGAACAUAAACCAGUAGACUCACAUAUGUUGUUUUCAUCGUAUGCAAGAUGGAGUUCAAUUGAUAUGUCAUCGAAUAACUUUGAGGAAUUGAUGGUUAAACAUAAUAUGCACGAAAAGGAAGAAUUCAAAUCCAUAAAAUCUUUAAAUAUAUUUUACCAAGCAGGUACCAGUAAAUUUGGACACCCUGUAUUCUAUUACAUUGCCAGAAGAUUCAAGUUUGGCGAGACGAAUGGAGAUCUUUUAAUAUACCACGUGAUUUUAACUCUGAAGCCAUUUUGCCAUGCUCCUUUUGAAUUGGUUGUGGAUUUUACCCACACGUGUACAGAUAAUAGAUUCAGGACAGAAUUUUUACAAAAAUGGUUCUAUGUUUUACCUGAAGUUGCAUAUCUUAACCUAGCAGCUGCUUAUAUUUAUAAUUGUAAUAACUGGGUCCGAGAGUACACCAAAUUUCACGAUAGGAUUUUAGUUCCCCUAAAGGGAAACCGAAAAAUAAUUUUUAUAGAUGUUCCCAACAAACUAAAUGACUACAUCGAUUCUGAACAACAGAAGCUACCUGGAGCGACAUUGAGCCUUGAUGAAGACUUAAAAGUAUUCCAUAACGCUUUAAAAUUAUCACACAAAGACACCAAAGUAGCGAUUAAGGUCGGACCAACUGCUAUUCAGAUAACUUCGGCGGAAAAAGCGAAAGUACUGUCGCAUUCGGUACUACUCAAUGAUGUAUAUUAUGCAUCGGAGAUUGAAGAAGUUUGUUUGGUGGAUGAUAAUCAGUUUACUCUGACUAUUGCGAAUGACAGUAGUCCACUUAGUUUUAUACACAACGACUGUGAUAGUAUUGUUCAAGCUAUUAUUCACAUAAGAAACCGUUGGGAACUUAGUCAACCGGAUUCGGUUACAGUCCAUCAAAAAAUUCGACCCAAAGAUGUCCCUGGAACUCUUUUGAAUAUGGCGCUAUUAAAUUUAGGCUCCUCAGAUCCUAAUUUAAGAACCGCCGCUUACAACCAGCUAUGUGCUCUUACGGCCACCUUUGAUUUGAAGAUAGAAGGACAGUUGUUAGAAACGCAAGGCUUGUGCAUUCCAUCCAAUAAUACCAUAUUCAUUAAAUCUGUCUCAGAAAAACUAGCAACGAAUGAACCCCAUUUAACUUUAGAAUUUUUAGAAGAAUGUAUACAAGGAUUUAGGGUAUCAAGUAUCGAAUUGAAGCAUUUAUGUUUAGAAUAUAUGACACCAUGGUUGCCUAACCUCGUUAGAUUUUGUAAAGCAUCGGAAGAAAACAAAAGGCAGAAACAAGUAGCAGGUAUAAUAGAAAAACUAAUCCUCCUCACGAUAGAAGAAACCCAGAUGUACCCUUCAAUCCAGGCAAAAAUAUGGGGCUCGAUCGGACAUGUUCCGGAACUGAUAGAUAUGGUGCUAGAUAAUUUUAUUCACAGAUCCGUAAAUUCUGGGCUAGGUUCACCGAUGGUAGAGAUCAUGGCAGAUACAGCUGUGGCUCUGGCUUCAGCGAAUGUGCCUCUGGUGGCCAAAAAGAUUAUUGGUCGGUUAUGCAGGGUAAUAAAAAAAGUAGUUGAUAAAACAUGUCAGUCUCCAACGCCAUUGCUUGAACAACACAUGAUGUGGGAUGACAUAGCAAUUUUAGCGAGAUAUCUCCUUAUGUUGUCAUUUAAUAAUAGCUUAGAUGUAGUGCGACACUUACCGUAUCUUUUUCAUACAGUUACUUUUCUGGUCUGUUCAGGAUCAUUAAGUAUGAGAGCUUCUACUCAUGGUCUCGUUAUAAAUAUUAUCCACUCUCUUUGUACUUGUACAAAGCCUUCGUUUUCUGAGGAAACUCAGAGAUUACUCAGACUGUCGUUAGAUGAAUUUUCCUUACCAAAGUUUUACUUACUCUUUGGUAUCAGUAAAGUAAAGUCGGCAGCUGUGACGGCAUUCAGAUCCAGUUAUAGACAUCCUAACGAAAAAUGGCUUGGCAAUGAAAGAAGUUUUUCUGGUACCGGCAAUCAGGAUAGGGAAAGGCUAUCUCUUACCUCAUUAGAAGUAAUCACAGACGCUUUAUUAGAAAUUAUGGAAGCCUGCAUGAGAGACAUUCCUGAUUGCGACUGGUUGACUAGCUGGACAUCGUUAGCUAAAUCAUUUGCGUUUUGCUUCAACCCCGCUUUACAACCCAGGGCGUUGAUCGUAUUUGGAUGCAUAAGCAAAAGCAUCACCGAUAAAGAUAUGAAACAGUUACUCAAAAUCUUAGUCACGGCGCUUGAAAGUUUCAACGAUAUCAUACUGAUCGAAGCCUUAGUUAUGUGUUUGACAAGACUGCAACCUUUAUUAAGACCCGAAUCUCCAAUACAUAAGGCUCUCUUCUGGGUAGCUAUUUCAGUGCUUCAAUUAGAUGAAUCUUCUUUAUACGCCUCAGGAUUGGCCCUCUUAGAACAAAAUUUGCAUACGCUGGACUCACAAGGAAUCUUUGAAGACAAGACACUGGAAAAUGUCAUGAUGUCAACGAGAGAACCAUUAGAGUGGCAUUUCAAGCAGCUGGAUAAUGCUGUCGGUUUAAGUUUUAAGGCGAAUUUUCAUUUUGCUCUGGUUGGUCAUUUGCUCAAGGGAUAUCGGCAUCCCACGCCUACAACGGUUUCAAGGACUGUUCGAAUAUUAACUAUGUUGUUAACGAUAGUGGCUAAGCCACAGAAAAGAGAUAAAUUUGAAGUCACUCCUGACAGCGUUGCAUAUCUUACAGCAUUGGUUGGUUUUUCCGAAGAAGUAAAGAGUCGAUGUCACAUAAAGCACUCGCUACCUCGACAGAUGACAGAUUCAAUAUCACAAGAUAACUUUUCGGUGGAUAGCGGUCAGAGUUCUGGUAUACAAAAAGGUUCAAGUACAGAAAGCUCUAUGUCAAACAGUAUAAAUCGGCGACAGAAAUCCUGGGAUUUGCUAGAUCAGACUGCUAUAGCUCAAGCUAGACACAAACAGCCCACGUCUUCUACAGGCCAACACCAAAUUCGGAGUACCAGAGUAUCGGUUAGUAAUGAAAAUAAUGUCUUGCUUGAUCCAGAAGUACUAACAGAUUUCUCGACGCAAGCUUUAGUUUUAACAACAUUAGCUACCUUAGUCAAAUACAGCACUGAUGAAGCAGAAACAAGAACGCUAUAUCAGUAUCUCGCAGAAGGUGCUGUUGUGUUUCCCAAAGUGUUCCCAGUGAUUUAUAAUUUAAUUGAUAUGAAAAUUACUAAUGUUCUAACUUCAUGCCACGACCAAGAAAUUUUGAGCGCUGUGAGAAGCAUAAUUCAGAACAUGAUCGCGUGUGAAGAUACAGAGCAACAACAACUGCAUUAUUUGCAGAGCUGUGGUUUUGGAGGGCUGUGGAGAUUUGCUGGACCAUUUAAUAAAUUUUUUCAGUAUAACAAUAUGGCAGAAAGUAGCGAACUAUUCGUGAAUUGUUUAGAAGCAAUGGUAGUAACAUGUCUUCCAGUAGAUGAAAUCGAGGCAGAAAACGGAGAGAUGACGCAAUACCCAUCAAUGUUAAGUGUCAGUUCAAACACCAACCUCUCCUCAAGUCUAUCAAGUCUUACUUUAGGAUCUCCCACAGAAAAAGAUAUGACCCGAGACGUCGAAGGAGGUAGCACCACCUCUCUAGGACGAAGCUCAUUCAACAAACAGCGCGGAAUCAAAAGCAAGUCACUUAUCCAUUCGGAAUAUUCAUCUAAACAUGAAUAGUCGAUCAGUGACUGACAGAGAUUUUAUUAUUAGUAAGUACAUGCCAACAGGUAACACGUGACAUUUGGGCAUUGAUCCAACAAAUUUGAACACAUUUAAUGUGUUCAAGAGAGUUGAUACUUUGGUGACAGAGGUUUUUAAAGUGGUUCGCCUUAUUUUAGCUUGAAUGGAACGAAAUUUACGACAGUGUGUAGUUAGGCAAUACUCAAUACACCACAAAAGGUACAAUUUUAAUAUAUUUUAAGGCAGAUAGUAUAAUAUAAUUGAACGAUAUAUUUUAUAAAGCAGAACAAUUUAGAUUAAAAUCUUUGUUAUUAUUAAGGCCUAGGGCUGAAAAGUUUACAUUUUCCAUUACAAUUGGUAUUUACAUGGUUAUACUUAUAUAAAAUACAUUCACUAUAUCUUAAUAUUGUUCUGAAGCUAUUUCCUUGUGGCGUCUUAUGCAAUUUACUAUUUUAUGUGGGAAUAAGCCACAAUUUAAGUUUGAAAUUAAAUUUAUUUGUCGUUUCGAUUUCCACUUCGGAUAUAAGUUCCAUAUUUGGAACACAGAAAAAAUUCCACGAAGCUGGAAAAAAAAACAAUUAUAUGCCCAAUGUACAAGAAGGGAGACAAACUCGGCUACAAAAAGUACAGAAACAUAUCCUUACUCUGUGUGAGCUAUAAGGUGGAUCACAAACGAAAGAUUGAGUCACAUCGCAGAGCAAAUCGUAGGAUACCAGGCCGAAUUCAGACCAGGACAGCCAGGAAGCCUGAGAGCACGAUAUUGAUAACUAGAGCUCGGGAAAUAUGCACUUAAAAAACCCUAAAAUUCGCAAAAAAAAAACAUUUGAAAUAUGUUUUAUGCAUCUUAUGCAUAUAAAAAAAAACGCAGUAAUCUUUGUAUUGAAUAUAUUUAAUUCAUUUUAUGCUAAAGUCACAAAAAAUAUUUAUUGAAUUUUCGAUCACCUACAUCAUUAUAUUCAUUUAUUCUUUAUUUCAUCAUCAUCAUCAUUCUUUAUUAUUUUAUUAUUACAGUUAAAACUAUAUAUAUUAUUAAACGUUUUUCUAAAUUUUUUAGAGAAAAACUGUGCCGUCUAUCUGAUAAUAAUGAUUGUUAGCUGUUAACCCUGUUGAGCUGACCCCUGAAAUUACAAGCUAUUUAUGAGAUUUCAUAUACCGUAGAUUAAAAAUUUUAAGUUCGUUACACUGGACAAGAAUUAAAUAUUUUUUGUGGAGGGGCUGACUCAGCCCACCCUACUUAAGAAUAAAGAUAUUGAAUCGAUAUUUGCGGCAGAAUUACGAGCUAGUUUUGAGCUUUCGAAGUGAUAUAGUUUCGAUUUUUGAGCUUAUCCCCUUAACCCCCAAACAACUGUUUCAUUGAUUCAAUUCAAGAGAAAAAUUUUGAUAAAAAUUAAAAUAUAUAGUAUCACUGAUAUAAUUCGUAUAGCUUAUAAAUUCUAAGAAUAAUCUUAAAAUAUGCGCAUUUCGAUAAUCGAGUUACAAUCCCUUCACAUGGAAACCUCCCCAUCUUCCUGGCUUAAGAGAGAAUUACUCUCUUAAGCCAGGUACUUAAAAUGAAUAAAAUUAAUUAUUUUGCGACUACAUAAUUAUCAUCAUCAAUCAGCCAAUCGCGUCCACUGCUUGACAUAAGCCUCCCUCAGUACUUUCCAAUGUUCUUUACACUGGCCCGCUUGUUUUCAGCUACUCUUUUUAUGUCGUCGGUUCAUCUAAUCGGUAGUCGUCCUUGGCAACUUUUAUAGUUUCUCGGCCUCCUUUCCAUGAUUUGUCAUGUUGCGACUACAUAUUGUUUACUAAUUUUUGAGCUUGCAAAAUACGCCCAUUUCGAUUAUUGAAUUGCAAUUUCUGUUGUAUAGUACAGUCACUGAAGGUAAAAAUCAACUAUUACCUUCGAUUUCGGUGAACCUCCAUCGAUUUUCACGAAAAUUGGUGAGUGGUUAGAGGAUACCUCAAUACACAAAAGUGAAAUGGCGCUAACUUGCGCUUUUUACCCUAGGGGUGGAGUUACCCUUUUUGUAGGUGAAAAUUGCUUUAUUAAAAAUAACCCCACAAAUCGAUAAAGGGACAAAUUUUAAGCAAAGUUUCUUUCAUAAAGUUAUCAAAAUAAAUCAAUACUUUUUGAGUUAUCAAAGAUUUUGAAAUUUCGUGAAAAAAUGUAAGCUCUAAAGCGGUUUUUAACAAGUAACUCAAAAACUGUAAGUCUUAUUGUCAUAUGCUAAUACCAAUAAGUAUUAGCAUAAUAUGACAUAAUAUACCAAUAUUCCGAGGGAUAUUUUUACCUACCUCGCUAAAUUGCAUUACUUGUGCCCUUAGAUGUUUGUCCAUAUUGUGAUAUAUCUGAAAAUAUGCACUUAUAAAAUUUAUCCAAAAUAUGCAAAUACGCACUUAAUAUGCAUUUUGCAUCUUUCCCGAGCUCUAUUGAUAACCAACGAAUUAUUGUAGACUUCCGACAAGCCUUAGACAACAGAUAAAAUAUACUUAGAUAUGCGAUAAAAGAAAAAUAUUUGGAAACGGAGGUCCAGGAAGAAGAGGAACAUCGUGGUUAAAGAACCUCAGAACCUGGUUCAACACAACAUCUGUGCAGCUUCUUCGCACUGCUGCAGAUAAGAUAAAGAUUGCCAUGAUGUUCGCCAACAUUCGUCACGGAUAGGCACAUCAAAAGGAAGAAUGCGAGAAUUUGGUAUACCAAGGAAAUUGGUAAAAUGAGUUCAAGCUAUCAUGUCUCAUGCAGAAUCUCAAGUACGAGUCAAAAAAAAUUGACUGAUCCUUUUCAGAAAACAAGGGGGCUGAAACACAGAGAUGGAUUGGUUCCAGCUAGGACGACCAAGGAAGAGGUGGAUAGACGAAGUGAGAACCAAUGCUAAAGAGAUAUUGAGGCUGAACAACUGGAGGAGUGCAGCCAAGGAAAGUAAUGCUGGGGCACGGUACACAGAGAACCAGUAUGCCGAUUGUCGUCGCUAAAUUUGGUUCGGCCGCGCAGCACGUCACGUGAGAACCUAACAGAUAUUUGCUUAUUGUUUGGAUGCAUUAUUUCGUAUGUGGUGGCGUUGAAAGUGAAUAGAUUGAGGCGGUUUUAAAAUAUUAAGCUGUUAACGAUUGAAGUACAGUGGGUGAUCAUAUUAUUAGGGCCACCUAAUAAACUUCAAUGUUUUAGAGGAAGGGUAUACAGGGUGAGUCAUGAGGAACUGUACAUACUCCUACCUUGUAUAGAGGCUCCUAUGGGGAAUAACAAAUGACCAUUAAAAAGUGUCUGCUCCCAUUGUUUUUUAACAUACAGGGCGAGUUUCGCAUUUUGAAAGAAAAUUUGUAUUCGUCAUAAUUUUUGAACGGUCAGAUCGAUGUGUCUCUUAUUUUGGUCAAUCGUUAAA